CUUAUUCAGAGUCCGAAAUGGAAUGUUUCCCUAAAUUUCGGGUGGCAAAAAGUCACAAUGACAGAAUGACAGUUCGUUCGUCACGUCAGACUCAGUGAAGGCUACGACGAAAUUUAAACCCGUUAUCAUCAUGGCAUUCUACUGUUGUGGCAGGUUGGGCAACAAGCAAAUGCUUAGCACAUUAAGUAGGUUUCCUACUCUGCUGAGCAAGGCUACCUACGCGUCGGCUGCCGCUCCCAAGAUCACGUUUAAAUCUUUUGAGGCUCCAAAGCUGGAGCAUCAUGAUGAGAGAAACGCUCGCCUCAGCCGGCCGAUGUCUCCUCACCUCACCAUCUACCAGCCCCAGCUCACCAGCAUGCUGUCAAUCACGCAUCGUAUUGCAGGAAUGAUGCUAUCUGGAUACUUCACUGUGCUCGGUGCUGGAGCAUUGGUGCUGCCUCACGAUGUGUCCCACUACAUCACCAUGAUCGAAGGCCUCAACCUGUCACCCGCCUCCAUCUUCCUGGCGAAGGCCAUCAUUGCGGCACCCUUCAGCUACCACUUAGUCAACGGAAUCAGGCAUCUGUACUGGGACACAGGCAAAGGUCUCACAAUCAAGGAAGUUUACGCAACAGGCUACGCCAUGCUUGCCGGAUCACUCGCAGUCACAAUCGCCCUUGCAGCUUUAUAAGGUGAAAUAUUUUAGACUAAUUUUAUUUCCACACACAUACAUAAGGUACAAAUGUAUAUUACCAUAAAAACCAUCGUUCAUUUUGGGUAUUAUAUUUAUUUAUAAUCAUGUAAAUGUUAAUUUAAUAAAAUUCAUGAUACAAAUCAGACUUA